AAAGCAAAGUGUCACUUCUUCUAUUCCAAAACCCAAUCAAUCGUGGCAAUUUCUCCCUCAUCUUCGUUUACCCAAAGCAUCUGACAGUGAAUCGUGGUCGUCUGUAGACAAUUGGAUACGAGAAAAUAUUACUCCGCGUGUUCUACAAGCUGUUGACAUUGAGUCUAAAUAUCAACAAUUGACGGUCACUCUUUCACCUAUCUAAAGCAACGUUUCGGAUGUACAUCCCCUCGUAGAAAGCGAUGUCGUCCUUGUAAUCUGGAUCAUCGUAUGGAGGAUUUAAGAUCUGAAAAGAACAAAGUAAGACGAGAAUUUAGAAAAGCGAAACGAGACGACGUUUCUCUAGACACUCUACAGUUACUAGCUCGCCAAUUCCAUCGUCUGAUUCGUCUACACAGUAAACAGAAGCAAUUCAACUCUAAGCAAAGCAGCAAGUUGUCUAUGAGUACUGCAAAUCGGCAGUUUUUGAGGAAUUUUUGGAAAUUUUCGAAGAAUUUAUCUGAUGGUGACAGAGAUGAAAUCUCUCCACAAUUUUCAUCGGAUGAAGCUUUUGAUUUCUUUUCUUCUACCUAUUCGACUAUGCCGACUCCACCAAACUUUCUUCUGCAAAGUCUCAAUCAGUUGACCAGUGACAAGGAAGCCUUCGAUUUACGUCCUUUCUCAGCCCAGGAAAUCUGGCUCAAAAUCAAAUUGUCUAGAAAUACGUCUGCUCCAAGCCCCCUUGAUGGAAUUUCAUACCUAGUUCUGAAGAAGUGCCCCUCACUUCUUCCUGGUCUCAUUAACCUUUUUAAUUGUUGCUGGCUAUCCUGUAGUGUUCCAUCCCUAUGGAAGACUGGGAUUGUCCGUCUUGUCCCUAAGAACAGUGCUCAGAACAAUCCGAAAGAUCCAUCCAAGUUUUGACCCAUUGCUUUAACACCCUGUAUUGGUAAAAUCUACACAUCUGUUUUAAAAGAUCGCUGGUGCAAUUUCAUAAUACGAAACAACUUAAUUGAUACCACCGUUCAGAAAGCGUUUCUUCCAGGAAUCAAUGGUACAGAGGAACACCAAUUUAAACUUUGGUCUGCCCUUGCUGAUGCCAGGAAGAGUCGCCACGCUAUGUCUAUGUGUUCACUUGAUUUUGCUAAUGCAUAUGGCUCUGUACCCCACUGGCUCAUUAUGGAAAGUUUCAAGUUACAUGAUGCACCAUCUCACCUCAUGAAAGUAUUAAACAACUUAUACAGCAAUCAACAUCUCAUUAUAUCAACAAAGAAAUGGUCAACUCCGCAGAUUCCAUGUAAUAUUGGUGUUUUUCAAGGGGAUCCUUUCUCUGUAAUGGUUUUUAAUACAUGCAUCAACACCCUUGUUCUCCACCUUCAACAGUCGUGUCCAAAACUUGGUUACACUUUUAACAAAUCAUGUCAUUCGGUGAGUACCCUUCUUUUUGCUGACGAUAUCUCUCUGCUGUCCAAGUCAU